AUAGCAUUACAUGUCUUUUUAUAGUCGUGUUUGUGUGCGCGUGUUUAUAUUCAAUAACAGCUGAUCUUGGGACAAAAACAGAAUAUGUGUAAAUUUGAUGUGCAAUAGUGAAGUAAUAAAACGUCAUUAGCGAACUAUCGUAUUUCAUUAUAAGUUUCAUCUCGUGAAAAACUUCUGUAAUAAGACUAAGGAGGAUUAUGUGCUCUUAGCUUAUGUGCAUAAAGAGUGAACUUUGAAACUAACUAAAUAAAAGAAAACUCUUAUCAUAAAGAUAUAAAUUACAUAGGAUUAUAAACAAGUAACAUUGGCAAAAAUAUGUCAGCCUUAUCAGAGAAUAUUACAAUCAAGCAACCCAUAAGACGUUUAGAGAUUCAAAUUAAUAACUUCAACGUUGCUAUUCCACACCAUGUAGAUUUAUUGAAACAACACAAGAACAAUAUUAAAAAAUAUCAAAAUCAACAUGAUUGGGAACGGAUACGGAAAGAACAUAUAAAUGUCUCCCGUAUUAUUAAACAAUUGAAGGAGUUAUUGUAUCAAAUGGAAACUCUCAGAGCACAAGUUCUUGAUGUUGACAUUGAUAAAUUUGAUAAACUGACGACACAUGCACGGACUAGUAUUAUGUGUGCAAUUCAGGAAUAUUUAAAUAUGGAAUUAGAUGUAUCAAAAUUGCCUUCCACAUCAGGGAAUGAAAAUCAAAAGACAGAAUCUCCAUUUGAGGAUAACGACAUACAAUUGCAAAUAGAACGAGAAGAUUUACAACAUCAGCAAACAUGUCUACAUGCCUGGAAUUGUUUGCAAGAGGAAAUACAACAAUUACAUGAGCUCUUUGCCGAAUUUAAUAAAAUCGUACAUCAUCAGAAAGAAAUGGUAGACAAUAUGGAAGAAAAUAUUGAAGAAACUGAAAUAAAUGUAAAUGAAGGCACAAGAUAUCUAGAGGUAGCCUCUAAAUAUAAAGUAGCUGCAUAUCCUAUAGCAGGUGCUAUGAUAGGCACAUGUAUUGGAGGACCAAUAGGUUUAUUAGCUGGAAUGAAAAUUGGUGGUCUUGCUGCUCUAAGUUGUGGAAUUUUAGGUUUUACAGGGGGAUCAUUAUUAAAAAAGAAACAGAUAGAAUCACAAAAACUAGAAAUAUGUGCAAAUGAUUCAGCAAUUAAUCUCAAAAAUGUUAGGAAAUCUGUCUCUUGUCCUGAUAAUUUAAAAGAAAAUAAAAAACAUUUGUGACAGAAUGUAACUUUGUCGACAUAUGAUAUGAUCAAUCUUAAACAUAAAAAAAAAUGCACUAUUGUAUAAUUUUAAAUCACAGAGAUAUUUGCACAUUUUUUUAUCUAGUAAAUAUGUUCUUUAUUUGUACAUAAAUAAUAUUUAACUUUACAAUGCUAUGUAGUUUAAGAACUCUUUUGAGAGAAAUUUUUAAACACUUUUGACAUAUACUAAAUUUAUAAUUUUAUAUACUUAAAAAAUAUUGACUAGUCUAUAAAUCUUGUUGAACCUACAAUUGGCUAACUAAUUUAUUUAUUGGCUAAUUAAUUUAUAAAUCUUUGUUAGAAUAUAUGUAUUGUCUAUUUAGCAAUAUAUUUUAAUAGAAAUUAAAUAAAUACUAAUUAUAUUAUAUAUAAAUAUUAUCAAAAUCAGAUUAAAGAUAUAAGCACAUAUCUCUUUUAUAAAGAUUAUUUUUUGUAUGCCUUUUGUGUGCCUUGUAAAUUAUUUCAGACUAUUAAAGAUAUAUGCUCUGCAACAAUUUUCAAAUAUUGUAACUGCUUGUAAUUGCUUACCUACAAAUUAAUAUAAUUAGCUGCUUUCCUAAAAUAAAACUUAGUUAAUGCGCAUUAUGUACAUACAUUAUGCAUAUUUAAAAUGUUAUGCUUAAGAAAUUAAACUUUUAGAAUUGUAUAUUAUACAUUUUAAAUACAUAGAACUAGAUUGUUUUAAAGGAUGUCAUUUUUCUCUCUUAAAUCAAGAAAAUUACGUAAAAUAUAAAAAUAUUUUACAUUGACCAAUUUACAUACAAAUUGUUAAACUACUUAUAAAUAUUUUAAAAUAUAAGAUAUAUAUGUGAUAUGCACUUGUAAUAAUUAAAACGUACGAAUAUAUUUGGGCAAAUAAUUAUAUAUUAUAGAUGAUAGACAUAUAUGUAUAUAAUAUAGAAAAUGUGGGAUAUAAUAAAUUUUAAAAAGA